AUGGUUGGGUCAACACUUGCUUGUGCUUUGGGUAGGUUUUUAGAUCAUACAACAAAUCUGGUACAGUCUUAGGGAAGGGUGCUAUUUAUUUGCAUGCAUGCGAAAAGUGAACAUUUUUGAACAUGCAUGUGCUGUAUAGCUGUCCAGUUUGACAGUUUUCAGUCCAUUUCAGCAUUAAUUAAUUGCCUGCUUGUGUGCAUGCCAUGGAAGUUCAAAUUUUAUAUUAGUGCCGGUUUCACCAUGGCCACGAUGGGCACCAGAUGGUAUAUACAUAUUGACACUUAAUCUUAUUGGAAGCAGGAACUUCUGCCUCUAAAUUCAGAGUACUACAUAUAAUGCAUGCACCAUCUGGAUAGUAUUUAACUUGGGAGCCUCAUUUUCAGGUAAGUGCAACAUAUCGAUCACAAAAAUGAGGUUCCAUAAUAGCCUGGUUGAUGUACUUUACAGAAGCAUAUGGUAAAUUAUUGACAUUAUUUUCUCACUCUGAUAAUUAACUGCCAGAUGAUCAAUGAAAUUGACUUAUAUACUACCCAAACUUCUCAGAUCUUCUCAUGCUCACUUACUUAAUUUGAAAUGAGCCAAGUAAAUAGUGUGCACAUCUGAAAUUCAGACUAUAGAGAGUGCUGAUGCAACUCACCAUCACAAUGAAGCCAAUUUUUAGCAAGCUCCUUGGUAAAGCAUUUGGUAUUAAUACCAAAGAAAAUGCAAUAUUAUGGUGAAACAUUGACAGGUGGAGAUGAGGCACUUCAGGAUAAAAAAGUACUGGUGUUAGAAGCUGGACCACAAGUUAAAUUGGACAAACUACCAGAGUUAUACAGCAAUCGAGUUAGCACAGUUAGUUCUGGCUCACAGAAAUUACUAGAAAGUAAGUUCUAUGCAGUUUUUAUGAAUGAAAAAAAGGAGGCUGCAGUUUCUAACGGAAAAUAAUUUGUGAACUAUAUUGCUUCUCCAGGUGUUGGAGCAUGGAAACAUAUUGAAAAUAUGAGAGCAAAACCAUUUAGAAGAAUGCAGGUCAUAUGCUUUUUAUGAGUGGCAUGCAAUUUUUCACUAGUUGUUUAAUACCAUCCACAAAAACUGUAAUAAAAUUUUAAAUAACAAGAAAAUUGUGGUAUUUUAUGCUUAAUAUAAUACAAUAAUAAUUAUUAAUAUAAUUAUUUCUUAUUUUAUAAUUGCUGUUUGAUAAAUCACAUCGCGUUCUAUGUCUUCUCUUGUCCUGCAAUGUUCAUGGAAACAUCCGGUCGAGUUAUUCCUUUUUUCCAAGUGUGUAACAAUAAUAUACACCCUUCCAGAAAGUAUGUUACUUUGGCUAUAGAGCCUCGUUUUCGUGUAUCCCAGCUUAAACCCAACGUACUUUCCGGAAGCGUGUAUUGUAACUUGCUCUGACACAAAGUGGCAAUGCAUUAACAAUAAUAGUUAUUAAAGCAUAUAUUACCACAUAUCAUCUUCGUGUAGAAUAUUCUCCAUCAUUUCCUAUUCAAUCGCACAAAUUACGAAUUUUCAAACUCUAGGUUUGGGACGCAUGUGGUGACGGGUACCUCACGUUUGAAGCUUCCAAUGACCCGCUACAACAUGCAGUAAAUAUGGGUUAUAUUGUGGAAAAUAAUGUCCUUGUCACAGCUCUGGAAAUGGAGCUGGAAAAGUUGAGAUCAAAUGUCGAUGUUCUGUAUAAAACGAAACUUAAGAAGUUCAAAAUUCCUCCGCCAACAACGAGUGAUGUUGACAGUCCAUGGGCUGAGAUUGUGUUGGAAGACGGGCAGAAGUUUUCAACUAGACUUCUGGUGAGAUCUUGAGAUAAAGAUUUGAAAUCAUUACCAUCACUAUCAUCAUCACCAUGAUGACCAUCAUAUAAUCAUCACCAUGCUGGUAUCUUCUCACAAGAAGUCUGGCCUUCUUCUUAUCUCUCCAAAUCACCCAAUUUAUAUCAUCUAUUUCUACCGCGUAGUCGUUUUCCAUCUUCCUUUCUUUCCGUUACCCAUUGAGUGAUAUGCCUCUUGUCUUCUGACAUGCCCAAACCAUCUCAAUCUUGCUUCCUCGAUCUUUUCGCCCAGUCAACAAACUUUCACAUCUUCAUUCCUCCAUCAUUAUUUGUCCCGCGUAGUCUCGGCUAUUAGACGCGUUAUUUACGCCACUUGCCAUUUCUUAUUUUAAUAAGUUGGGUUUUUUUUCAUGGCCAAGGUUGGUGCGGAUGGAUUCAAUUCUCAAGUUCGGAGAAAUUCGGAUAUCAAUUGUAUCUCUCAUGAUUACAAACAGAGCGGUGUGGUUGCCACUCUUUGUUUUUCUGAGGUAAAUAUGUGGUUUUCAAAUAUUGAUUGGUAUGUUAUGUAGUUUUUGGUGUUAAAUAUCAUACUGUAGUAAGGCUGGUAGUAUACAGUGUCAGUGAAUUACAACUCUUUUUACAGUGUAAAUGUGAAUUUUACUUUCUACCAUUAGCCUACAGAUAACAUCGUUGCCUGGCAGCGGUUCUUACCAACUGGUCCAAUUGCCAUCCUCCCGGUGAGUUCGUAGCCUUCUGUCAAUUUUCCUUUCCAAUAUAUACAAUCUUUAUUGGGCUCAUUUUAACUCAUGUGGCCUGUAUUUGCAGCUUUCUGACAGUCAAAGCUCUCUCGUUUGGUCUACAACAACGAGUCACGCUAAAAAUCUCGUCUCUUUACCAGAAGAAAAGUUUGUUGAAGCUGUGAAUGACGCAUUGGUAAGGAGUCAUGCAUGUAUAAGUAAUAUCAUGCAGAAGAUGGUGCUCAACCAGCAAUUAAAUACACAUCUUAUCAUUACAGACAGAAGAUAUUGCGAGAAAUUCGUUGUCAGAAAUGGCAUCUAGGUUAAUGCACAAUGUACUUUCGACGGUACAGCCAGGCAAGGAGUUUAUUAUUCAAUGCUUAUUUCCUCUCAAUUAUAGUAGUAGUUACAGUAUCAUUUUUGAUAAUUUGCGGGCUUGUGUACAUGAUGCAACUGCCUGAAAAAUAAGAACCAGCUUCGGCAAGCGAAUGCCCUUCGUGACCUUCGAAUGGACCAUGACUCGUAACCAUGUCAAGGUCUAUUUUUGAUAAUUGAAUAGAUUUCAAUUUUGACUUGGUUUUGCAUAUUCCUUCAGAUUAUCUUGGUUUACAAAUACCUCCAACUAUAGAGAGUAUUGAAGAGAAUAGUCGAGCAUCAUUUCCUCUUGCGCUGAAUCAUUCUUCAUAUUAUGUCAAACCAAGAAUGGCACUGAUAGGGUGAGGAAUCUCUACAUAACAGCGAAACCUGUGUUGGAACUCGUUUGAGACUUGAAGUAGAUUGACUAGCACUUACCGAACCACGUUUAAGGGGACCAGGAGAUAGCACUAAUGUCUAAUGGUGGUCAACAUGAUAGAGAAAUGCUGACAGUUAUAGGAGAAGUAAAACGAAUCUUCAUUUCUCAAUUUUAAUUUUUUGUUAUGAAACACAAGAUCACUACAUAAGUGAAGAGUUGACGUUAUUUUUCACUCUGACCACCAUGGCGAUUUGUAAUCGAAGGAAUGACAUGCAAAAGACGUAGAAUUGUUUACUUCUGAAAAGAGACUCUAUACUUUUGUGUGCAAGUUCAUUCAUUUGCACAAAAUCGCCGACAAAAUUGCAAGUGUGAACCAGGCUUUACUGAAACCUACCAAUGGCAAUGCGCUUUCUCAUUUGAGCCAGCUGAUAACUUAGCGCUAAAUAGACUGGGGAUACAAUAAGCGCCGACUAUAUUGAUAACAUAGCACUUGCCAAGUUGUAGAAACAGUAAACGCAUGCUCUAUUUCAAAUUAAUCUUUUUCCCAGAGAUGCUGCUCACAGGAUUCAUCCACUCGCUGGACAGGGUGUAAACCUUGGAUUUGGUGAUGUGGAAUGUUUGAGGGACGAGUUGCGACAGGCGGCCAUUGACGGUCAAGAUUUGGGUAAGAAUUACAAUUACUUGAUUUUAUUGAAGAAUGAAGUUUGGGUCGUGCGGUCUUUUGAGGUAGUCCAGACACAAACCACGGCAGCUAAAAGCAAGAAUAGCCUUCUUUUAUUUAAUUGCUCCUCUCUCGAAAUCAUUUGAAUUUUUCCAUUUAUUCCAAGGUUCCCUGGAACAUCUUCUGAGAUACGAGACAGCACGACAGAAACAAGUGACAGUUAUGAUGGGAGCAACACAUGGUCUGAAUACGCUUUUCUCCACUUCAUUUUUGCCUUUUGUUAUGGUUAGAAAUCUUGGAUUUCAAAUGACAAAUGCUUUGACACCAGUUAAAGUAAGUCAACUUCUUAACUCUUGAGUUCCCCGACUAAUGAUUUGUGAUCCAAUAUUCCGCCCCAUGCAAAUAACAUGUCUGUAAACAACAUGUUAUAAACAUGUUUCCAGCUUGUUUUAAGUGAUAUUUGCGAUGUUACUCUGAGUGUAUAUCCCACACCGGGCAAACUUGAAAAAUAUGCUUGCCACGGUGGGAAUCGAACCUACGACCUUUGGAAUACUAGCCCAAGUGUUGGACUUGGCAGACCCGCUCUCCUUACGCAGAGGCUUUAACCGCAGAGCUAGAGACGUUUGCUCCUAGACUGCCCGCUUACAAUAGUUUUGUUAAAAAGGGCUUUCGUUAUUCUCUCUAGAAACAAAUCGUGGAAUAUGCAAUGAAAUAA